GUUUCACAGAAAUCACGAGACAUGUCACAUGACAAACCAAGCCGGAAGCCGGAAGUGGAGUGAACUGACGCACGUCAACAGGAACAGCUGUGCAAGGGCCCAAAACAGAAAACAUCACACAGUAUUUUAGUCUGAAUUAAAGCUGGAUCAAGAUGACUACACCUGAAAAAUAUCCUAGGUCUUCAAUUGAAGAUGAUUUCAACUAUGGGACAAACGUUGCGACUGCGAGUGUGCAAAUCCGGAUGGAUUUCCUGCGCAAGGUGUACACCAUCCUGUCUCUUCAGAUCAUCCUGACCACGGCUACUUCUGCUCUCUUCAUGUUCUGUGACACCAUCAAGGACUUUGUCCAUUCAAGUCCAGCGGUUGUGUUGAUGUCAGCCAUUGGCUCCCUGGUGUUGAUCAUUGCCCUGGCCUUCUACAGACAUCAACACCCCAUUAACCUAUACCUGCUUGCCGCAUUCACUCUGUUGGAGUCGGUGUCUGUUGCUACUGCAGUGACCUUCUAUGAGUACUCCAUCGUGCUCCAGGCCUUCUUCCUCACAGCCGCUGUGUUCCUUGGGCUGACUGCCUACACCUUCCAGUCUAAGAGAGACUUCAGUAAACUGGGAGCUGGACUGUUCUCCGGCCUGUGGAUCCUGAUCAUCGCUGGUUUCAUGAAGCUCUUCUUCCAGAACGACACAGUGGAGCUGGUAUUUGCUGGUGCAGGAGCUCUGUUGUUCUGUGGCUUCAUCAUCUAUGACACCCACCUCCUGAUGCACCAGCUGUCCCCUGAGGAACACGUCCUGGCCUCCAUUAACCUGUACCUGGACAUCGUUAACCUCUUCCUGCACAUCCUCCGCAUGCUGGACUCCAUGAAGAAAAACUGAGCUUCUAUUCCCUAUUUAGUGCACUACACACUAUUCCCUAUUUAGUGCACUACGUUUUGACCAGGGCCCAUAGGGCUCUGUAUGAACGUAGUGCACCGUGAAGGGAACAGUGUGUGGUUUGGGACUCAGGCGAUUAGUGAUCUGCUGCUUAGCUCACAGGGUGACUUGGGAUCGAUUCAGUUCUAAAUUCAGUAACAUUUUCUUGGAAUUAUUUAGAAAAUCCUCAUAGAAAAGAAAAAUGGGCAUUUAUCGAUUCACCUCCUGAAUUGAAAACUGAUUUGCCCCCAGUCUCUGAUAGACAACCCUGCUGUAGAUCCUACCAGUGAUUGUGAAACGUUAACUCAUCGUCUAAGUUUAACCCCGGAGAUAAUAUUAUAUUAUAACCUGUGCCAUUGGAACUGGUUGUGUUUUGGACUUAUGCUGUUUUGUUCUAUACUGUUUAUUAUUCUUAAUGUAAACAAAAAAUAUAUAUAUUUAAUUUUGGGUUGCUCGCUCAAUGAAUGAAUCCUUUCUGAAUAUUGAAGCAUACGGAUUAUGUAAGGUUGUUUUUGGGUGAUGGUGUAAAAUAGCAUAACACAUUUUUUAGACUAAAGUAGAAUUAACUACUUUCCUAACUUCCAUCCCCUAGCUUGCUGGUAUUCUGAAUUUCAACGCAUGAAAACAUCCCUUAGUUACUGUCCGUAGGAAUAGAAAAAUCAACUCAGUGGCCAGUGUAUUAGGUCCAUCUGGUACCGGGUCGGACACCCUUUGCCUCCAGAACAGUCUGAGUUCUUUAAGGCAAGGAAACAAUUGAUGUCAAGGGACCUAACGCCCCCAGCCUGUACCGUUGACGCCAGGCAGGAUGGGACCAUGGACUCAUGCU